AUGAGCCGGAGCAGUCUGUCUCUCCGGUUCCCGCUGCUCCUGCUCCUGCUGCCCGCACCCCCUGUCCUGCCCGUGGAUCCUGGGUCGCCCACACCAGUGAACCCCUGUUGUUACUACCCGUGCCAGAACCAGGGUGUCUGUGUUCGCUUCGGCCUUGACGGUUACCAGUGUGACUGCACCCGCACGGGCUAUUUGGGCCCCAACUGCACCAUCCCUGAACUCUGGACCUGGAUCCGGUCUUCCUUGCGGCCCAGUCCCACUUUCGUCCACUUCCUACUCACACAUGGACAAUGGUUCUGGGAGUUUGUCAACGCCACAUUUAUCCGAGACUUUCUUAUGCGCCUAGUCCUCACAGUGCGAUCCAACCUUAUCCCCAGCCCUCCCACCUAUAACUUAGCACAUGACUACAUCAGCUGGGAGUCCUUCUCCAAUGUGAGCUACUACACUCGAGUUCUGCCUUCUGUGCCCAAAGAGUGUCCCACACCCAUGGGGACCAAAGGAAAGAAGCAGCUACCAGAUGCCCAGCUCCUUGGCCGUCAGUUUCUGCUCAGGAGAAAGUUCAUCCCCGAUCCCCAAGGCACCAACCUCAUGUUUGCCUUCUUCGCACAACACUUCACGCAUCAGUUCUUCAAAACAUCUGGCAAGAUGGGUCCUGGCUUCACCAAGGCCUUGGGCCAUGGGGUAGAUCUUGGCCAUAUUUACGGAGACAAUCUGGAACGACAGUACCAACUGAGGCUCUUUAAGGAUGGGAAACUCAAGUACCAGGUCCUGGACGGGGAGAUGUACCCGCCAUCCGUGGAAGAGGCGCGGGUCGUGAUGCAUUACCCGGGGGGCGUCCCGCCCCGAAGCCAGAUGGCAGUGGGCCAGGAGGUGUUCGGGCUGCUGCCGGGCCUCAUGCUGUACGCCACCAUCUGGCUGCGGGAGCACAACCGCGUGUGCGAGCUGCUGAAGGCGGAGCACCCGACCUGGGACGACGAGCAGCUCUUCCAGACCGCGCGCCUCGUGCUCAUAGGUGAGACCAUCAAGAUCGUCAUUGAGGAGUAUGUGCAGCAGUUGAGUGGCUACUUCCUGCAGCUCAAGUUUGACCCGGAACUGCUCUUCAGAGCCCAGUUCCAGUAUCGCAACCGAAUCGCCAUGGAAUUUAACCAUCUGUACCACUGGCACCCGCUCAUGCCUGACUCCUUCAAGGUGGGCCAGCAGGAGUAUAGCUAUGAGCAGUUCUUGUUCAACACCUCCAUGCUGGUGGAUUAUGGGGUCGAGGCCCUGGUGGAUGCCUUUUCUCGCCAGAGUGCUGGCCGGAUUGGUGGAGGCAGAAACAUAGACCACCACGUUCUGCAUGUGGCCAUCGAUGUCAUCAAAGAAGGGCGAGAGAUGCGCAUGCAGCCCUUCAAUGAGUACCGCAAGAGGUUUGGCAUGAAGCCCUACACGUCUUUCCAGGAACUCACAGGAGAGGAGGAGAUGGCAGCUGAGUUGGAAGAGUUAUAUGGAGACAUUGAUGCCUUGGAAUUCUACCCCGGGCUGCUUCUUGAAAAGUGUCAGCCCAACUCCAUCUUUGGGGAGAGUAUGAUAGAGAUCGGAGCUCCUUUUUCCCUCAAGGGUCUUUUAGGGAACCCCAUCUGUUCUCCAGAGUACUGGAAGCCAAGCACAUUUGGUGGUGAGGUGGGCUUCAACCUCGUCAACACUGCCACCCUGAAGAAGCUGGUCUGCCUCAACACUAAGACCUGUCCCUAUGUUUCCUUCCAUGUGCCAUACUCCAGUCAGGAUGAUAAGCCUGCUGUAAAGCGACCAUCUACAGAGCUCUGAGGGGCAGGAACAUAGCCUUUUAGAGGGCGGGGCUUUGUGAAUGCCAUUCCAGAAUGCGGAGGCCAGUGCCAAUGAUCUUAAGUGCUGGCAUUGUGAGGAGUUGGGUUGACACUUAGAGUUUGGGGAUGUUCUUGCUAAAUUCACUGAUCACCCUACCCAGUGUUAGGAGUUGGUCUCAUUUGGGCCUCCAGAACUCUGGGCUCCUUCCUGUUCCUUGACAAUCUGGAACAUCAGGUUCCUGAUUGGUUUGAAAUAUAGGCAUUCUAGAAUGUAGAGCUCCCAACGAACCCUUCUAGAAAGCUAAAGGGUUCUGAUUUUGCAGUCUAGAAUCUGAGUGGCCCUCCAGAAUUGUUGGCUCAUUAAGGAUCCAGAAUGUCAUGUUCCUGACUGAUGAUCCAGAACUGAAGCCAAUUGGCUGGGUCAGUUCUCACUUAAAAUAUUGAUUUAUUUUCCUGUUCAGUGAGAAACACACAGAGUAGGAGAACCCAGUGGCCAACAAGACUUCAUUGCCCGAAUUUAUGCCCAAAUGGAGGGGGCAAAGAAGAAAUAUUCUUCUUCCCCGACUUAGACCCUGGUCUAAGGAUGUAGAGAAAAUAGGUGGUUUUUCUAUGCCAUUGGCUGGAUGCUACCAGGACUCUGGCCUUAGCCAAGUCUUUACAUGUGGCAGCUGUUUCUCAUGAAGCUAAUAAAGUUCUCUUUCUGAA